UUUUUAAAUAAACGCGCCACUCACAACCCACCGCGCGCACGAAUCGACGAGCUCCUCCCCAACUGGCAGUCCAAAUUCCUCUGCACGCAAACCCCACACUCUCUUCUUUCUCCAAAUUAAUGCAAUCCAAACUAAGCUCCUUCUUCAAGCCUUCGUUUUCACCUUCCAAAGCCGCCGCUCCGGCUGCUCCCGACCCACCUCCCGACGAUGUCACCACUUACAGCCGCCGCAAAGCUUCCAGAUUCAGUAAUGGGGAUCAGAGAAAUGAAAGCGGCAGAGGAUCUGGAUACGAUCUUGUGGACGAGUCUGUCUCUGGUGAAGCCUGCUCAAAACCUGAUUCGAGGAAUCCGGGAAGUGGUAAAGUUUUGAACAAAAAGAGAAGCUAUGCGCAACUCCAUUUGGAUUUGGGGCAAUCGGAUUUUAAUCUCCGGAGCUGUUCCUCUUGCGGGUUUCAUUACGCUGCGGGAGAUGAGCAGGAUGAAAAAGUGCAUAAAUCAUUUCACAGAAACUUCACCCAAGGUAUUCCCUUUAGGGUAAGAACUAAGAUACCUCCAUCCCUGUAAACUCAAGGUUUUCUUUUAUGGGUUUGAUUCAGUUUGUUGAAUCGGGUUUUGGUUUUAAUUAGGGUUGGCAGAACGAAAGGGUAAUUCCCAUGGCUUUCAGUGGAGGGGACCGUAUAAUUUUGAUCUUGAAUUCUGACCCUUCACCUCAUAAAACUAAGGUUAAGGAUGUGAUAAAGAUGAUGGAGAUUGAGCUCCAUGAAGGGUGGAUUUUUCAUCAACUCUGCAAGGUCUAUCUAUAUGUUUCAUCGAACAGAAUUGCUGGUUGCCUGGUUGCUGAACCAAUAAAAGAAGCAUUCAAGAUGAUUUCUUCAUCCACAGAUAAAAAGGCGGAUUCUGGAGUUAUUAGAAAGGAUACAAGGUUAAACUCAGGGGGAGCUCUCAAGUUUGGAAACGUCAUCUUCAAAAAGGAAGCAGCUAAAAAAAAGAUUCCUUCCGUUAGUUCUCAGGAGAUGAUUACUGGCGCAGUUGUUUGUGAAGAGAAAUCUGUUCCUGCUGCGUGCGGCAUUAGAGCAAUCUGGGUGACCCCCUCAAACAGAAGAAAAGGAAUCGCCAGUCAUUUACUCGACGCUGCUAGGAAAAGUUUCUGCGAGGACAGCAUCCUUGAGCGUUCUAAGUUGGCAUUCUCGCCUCCAACUUCAGCUGGAAGGCCUCUGGCCUGUCGUUACGUUGGAAACAAGCCACUCUUGCUUUACAAAGCCGAUCCUAUUUCUACAGCAGGCGACUGAAGAAAGCAGCAUUGUGUCAAAGCUUCCCGAUAUGUCAUUGUGCAUCAUUCACCCCUUCAUUAGACAGAAGAAAAAAGAAAUCAUCUGGAUUGUCUUAACAUUUCAGAAGUUUAUGUUCUUUAUUCCUUCGAAGUUGUAAACUCGGAAAGUGGCUAAGAGCAAUGAAUUGCUACUGGUUUCUUUCUAAACUAAACAAACCGACACUUGAAGUCAAAACAUUCAUAGCAGAGUACAACUGACACUGGAGAUGGCGGAACCUCCUCCAGCUCCUAUUUCUUCUCUACUUUUCAAUGGAUGUGGC